AUGUUUACCUUUCAGAAUUUUGACGAAGUCUUCGACUUUGAUCCAGGCUGCUCGUAUGAUGAAAUCGCCGUGCGAAAAAUCGAGAGCAAUCGUAAGAAGCUUGAAGGUUUAUUCGUAGACACUUUACUGAAGAAUUUUGAAAUUCGUCGACGUGAGCUCCUACAAAUCGUUGUGGUAACAUAUCUCUUACUAACUUGUGCGCAAGCUGUUAAAUAUUAUCCACCGAAAUCGAAUAGUGACCUUCGAAAUCUGCACAAAGUCAUCGUUGACUCGGCGGGCCAAGAUCAUCAUAAACUAUCAGCUCUGUAUUAUAUACUGCUCGACUUUGACGCUCCAACCGGGCGAAGAGACUACUCCACUACAUUUGAACAAAAGUCGUUCUUACCUCAAAGCUACCAGAUCUACAUGAAAGGUCUUUGGCAUCUGGAUAAUCUUGAUUUUGAGUUGGCUCUUCAAUAUCUGACCCAUCCAUCUUUGAUACCAAGCUUUGCGGAUGAGAUCCUGGAAGCCCUCGUGUUACAUUCCUCAGACGAUCUCGCAAUUCCAUUAGCAUACUAUCAUACCGUACAGCCAGCUUUGACUUCAUCUCGAGCAACAGAAAGUUUGUUUUCUGCCAUCGCAAGAACAAGUGUCACGGAAGCCUUCUACUUCUCGCGAGGACAGUCGCAAUACAUGCAACGACACAUGUUUGAACAAAUGAUCGCGGCUGUUUUAAAAAACUCUCCUCCAGAAACGAUCGCAGAUCGCAGUGUCGAACUGGUAAAUCUACCAUUGUCACCAGAAGAAGAAGCUUGGUUCGAGGACUACUUACUUCGCGGAGAAGGAAGAGCAAUAAGAAAGGCUCGGGAUACGAUAAUGAUGCGACGAAUUGGCACAGGGAAAUUUUCGGAAACUUUAUCACUCAAAGGCAUUGGUAGUCGAUCAAUUGGUGGAUUGGAUUGGGAACGCCUGUCUGCAGCUGUGAAGGAAGGACUGGGGCCAAGAAUUGACAUUUUGGCAGCAGGGAAAUUGCAGAAACGGAGAUUCGAACACUCCGAUCAAAAUGCCAAUUCCAAUAGGAACGGCUUCCACAAUCGAUAUGCGCCUCUUCAAAAUCAACCUUCCAACCAAUCCAACUCAAGAAAUUUCAAUACACAACGAGGAGGAAAUGAGGCGCAUAUACCUUUCGGUCUCGAUAAAGCGACUAUAAAGCAAGACCUCACGACCGACAGACCUCAAUGGAUUCUUUCGGCAUACGGACCUGGGCGCCAGGCGCCAGAGCAGUUGUUCGGUGGACCAGCGCGGGAACAAAGUUUUGAGGAAAUGCGCCUUCUCCAUUACAUUGCGGUAGCUUCUGGCAAUGCUCAACCAGCUAUACAAGAUGCAGAGAGGCUAUGGCAAGAAGCAGAUCAGCAAAUUCAGACUGCGCUAAAUGAUGUGGAUGGCGCCAUAAAUUAUAUUGUCGCCUCCGACAGUAAGCAUCCAAAUCGGAAUGAUAUUUGUCAACAGGGCACCUCCACAGACCAAACACCAUGGGUUCAGAGGAGCGACCAACCUCCUAUGAACAAUGCUUUUGGUGCAGUCAAUCAAACGACUACAUCAGCAUUUGGGCAACCGCCUACUCAGAAUGGUUCUGCAUUUGGGCAACCGUCUGCUCAAAAUGGCCCUGCAUUUGGACAACCAACUAACCAAAAUGGUACAGCCUUUGGACAGCCUUCAAGCCAGAACCCCGGUGCGUUUGGUGGGCCUUCUCAAGGCUUUGGAGUUGCAUCGCAAAUUGGGGCAUCUGGUGGUUUUGGCCAGCCGUCCGCUUUGGGCCAAAAGCCAAGUGCCUUUGGUAGUACUUUUGGACAGCCUUCACAACUAGAGCAAAGGGCUGAAGCUGGAGCUUUUGGAAACCCUUCAGUCCUGGGACAGAAACCAAGUCCGUUCGGUGCACCCUCGAAUGGUGCCAUGAAUUCUGGACAGGCAGGCUUCUCCAAUUUUGGCGGUACAAGUAAUGCUUUUGCUCAACCAAAUCCAAAUCCCCUGGUAAACCCCGUGGGAGGUGCUUUUGGUUCCAAUCCUCUUCCUCCUGGGAUUCAGCAAUCGCAGGUCAAUCCGAUAGCGCAAAACAACAACCCAUUAGCGCCCGUUAACUCUUUUAGUCAGCCUACUCCACCAAAUCCAUUUGGCUCAAAUUCCGGAAGUACCCAAGCAUUCGGUUCUCCUUCUCCAGCGCCAAACAACCCCUUUGGAGCUCCAAGUUCUCAACCUAUGAAUGCGAUGCAGAACCAAUUUACAGCUCCUACUACACAAACACAGCAGUUUAGUACCCAACAAGGUACUAGCAAUCUAGAUAUGACCGCUGGCGCUCCCCCUGCGAGACCUGGCUCCAAUAUGAACACUUUCAGUCCAAAUUUCCGACCACCACCAAAUGAUAAUAUAGUAGCGCACCCUCCAGCUGAAAGUUACAUAAGGACUCGGGGUGACAGGUUAGAGUCUUUUAAUGGACUCCCAGUCGUGUAUAAGGACGGAGAGCCAGGGACAUCCGUAAAUGGCAAGUGGCACAAGAUAUGGUGUGCAAAGGGGUAUGCAGGGCCAAACAAAACUACGGAAAUUGAGAACGUAACGUUUGAUGAGCCGACAACAGCUGCAUAUCUACAGGCCAGGCGAACAGGAGCUUUUCCAGGUGGUGUUAUGCCUAUGAUGCCGCCCAAGAGGGAAUGGUGCUUGUUCAACUUUUAA